CCGCUCCUUUCCCCCCUCCUUUCCCUCACACUUCCCACCCUGCUCUUUCAGCAUAGGCGGCCCAACACCCCGUGCUCCGAGAUCGGGUCCCCGUCCCUGUUCACGGGGGAGAGGCGUCCUGCAGAGCCGGAGCGUCCAGCGCAAGCGAGGCUGGAGCUCGGCCUCGGCCCGCGGCGACAACCGAAACCGAGUGUAAUUUAAAAUGACGUACUUAAAAAGUUGACAGGAAAUCUGCGUAAACCACGUUUAGUUGUUGGGGAUUUUUUGUUUGGUUUUGGGGUUUUUUUUGAUUUAAUUAGGAGGACUAGGGUGUUAAAACAAAUUAGCGUGGUCAUACUAGUUUACACCGAGAGAAAACUAUUGAAGCAUAAGGAAUGCGAUGGCUCCCUCAGAAAUUCCCUGCUUUUCCGGAGUACGUUGGACAAGUCCUGUUAGAGGGCGUAGGCCAGUGAGGAAACUGGGAAAUGUGAAAGCUGAGGAGCAUGCUCUUCAACUUUGAAAAAUGCGAGAUGGCCCUGGCUCCAAGUGCAGUCGUUCACCACCGCCACCUUUUCAAACAAUGCAGAGUAGAGGAAGCACAAAGCACAGUCAGUGCCGCCCGUAGCCAGGUCAUCUUUUACUCUCUCCUUCCAACACAAGGUCUUCCACAUGAGUUCGUCUUGUGAAAGAAAGAGAAUGAGUUGAUGUAAUCACUGGAAAAUCCUAUAUGGAAACCAAUGUGUACUGGAUCUAGAUCAGUGAUUUGGCAAUGGUCAAAUGCCAGUUUUCCAGUGUUUUUGUGAACAGAUUUGCAUACAGAACUGCCCUUGUAAAAAUGCAUCUAGUUAAGAAUGAACACAAGAGAAGUGCUGUGGUAGACACGGGCUUCAUAUCAUGUUGGUUUCCUGUUUAAAAACCAGUAGGCUGGCAAUUUUAAAAGAACAGCAACAAAGUGAUGACCAGGUGCCAAGUGCCAGCUUUCCUUAUUCAUCAGAUUCAAGAAGAAUUGGAUAAAGAAGAAGAAGAGAUGAUGGUUUUCCUGUGCCGAGACCUUGCUCCUGAUUUGGCCAAUGCUGAUCUUAAAGAGAUCUUGGUGGCUUUGAAUGAGAGGGAGAAACUGACUCCUGUUGGCUUGUCUGAGCUGUUGUACAGAGUUAAGAGGUUUGACUUGCUGAGGAGGAUCCUGAACACUGAGAAAGUAACAGUAGAAGCUCACCUUGCCAGGAGUCUCAGACUUAUCCCUGAUUACAGGGUACUAAUGGUAGAGAUAAAUGAAAAUCUGGAAAAAGACGAAGUGGGUUCUCUUGGUUUUCUACUCAGAGAUUAUGCACCUCGUAUGAAAAUGGCAAAAGAUAAGAGUUUUCUAGCUCUUAUAAUUGACCUGGAGAAGCUAAAUUUGGUGGCUCCUAAUCAACUGGAUUUGAUAGAAAACUGUUUUCGAAGUAUUCACAGGAUAGACUUGAUUAAGAAGAUCCAGAAGUACAAACACGAAGCUUCAAUGUCCUCCGUUCAUUCUCAGCCAGUAUAUGUAAAUGCUCAUCAGGCAUCUCUCCCUAAUCUCAAUCUUAUUGAUCCUCCUUAUAAUUCAGGGAUUCAGAAUGAGAACACAGAAAAAUUACAAAAUGGAUCGAGUCUUACUUUGGCAGAACCAGUUCACCUGUCCAUUCAGGAAUCGGGAUCAGUGCCACAUAAGACGUGUGAUGAUCCUUACAGAAUGCAAAGUCAGCCUUUAGGAAUAUGUCUGAUAAUAGACUGCAUUGGCAAUGACACUGAUGUGUUGGAAGAGACCUUCAGAGGCUUAGGCUAUGAUGUUCAUUGUCACAGAUAUUUAAAUAUGAGCUCCAUGAAUCAAACAUUGCUUGAAGUUGCAAGGUGGCAGAAGCACAGAAAUUGUGACAGCUUCAUUUGCAUAUUGGUCAGCCGUGGAAAUUCUCAGAGCAUCUUCUGUACAGACCAUACCUUUUCUGGAUUCCCUUUGGAACAAAUAAAGAAGCACUUCACAGCAGACUCAUGUCCUGGACUUCUAGGAAAACCGAAGCUUUUUUUUAUUCAGAGCUAUAUUGUGCCAGAAAAUGAGCAGGAAUGUACCAGUAUGUUGGAAGUCGAUGGGAAUGGUGAGAAUAUCAGUGCUAAAGUCACUAUCCCCCAAGCAGCAGACAUCUUUUGGAGUCAUUGCAAGGUGGAUGUGUCUACACUAGAACAAUCCCCAGCUUCAUCCUCAUACUAUCUGCGUUGUCUGGCUGAACUACUCCGUAAUCCUUACAAAAGGAAACUCUGCCUAUUAGCUAUUCAUAUGGAACUGAACAAAAAAGUUUACGAUUGGAAUAUGACCGCUGACCCAAGCCAACAAUACUCACUUCUGCUCCAGCACACACUGAGGAAGAAACUUUUUUUCCCCACUUAACUGCUGUUACAAAGUACAUAUCUGAAAUGGUUAACAAGAAGCGUUUGCUAUGAUGCAAACAGUUUCAUGCAUAUAUUUACUUUAUGCAUUGUUACUUCAUGUAUAUCUAAAGUGCCUGUUGCUUCCAAACACAGGAAUUUACAAGCAUUUUAGUGUGCUAAGACACUAGAUUUUGUAUUUUAGUAUAGUAGUCUCUGAAAGCUUGGAUGAGAAUGGUAGCUAUUGUAUAGCACUGCAACAGAUCUUGCUACUGAAUAUAACAGAGUGGAAAGAGGUCUACACCAUAUAGCUGUUGUGUUUUCCAAGAAAAAACAAGUGUUUUUAUUGUUUCAUUGGUGGUUCUUAACAUACCUAUUAGCAGUUAAUCCUUAAACAAAUACAAGCCAGCCCAAACCAUUGAAAUGCAUGGAUUACUUUCCCUGGCACCUAAUAGUGGCAAAUGUCUCAGGAAAGCAUUCCUACCCAGUAAUGCCAGAUCUCUGCUAACAAGUGCUGCCUUGCAUGCCUCUAUAGACUGGCAAAACAGAAAGGAAAGAGAGAUGGUCUUUUCAAUAAUCUGGAUUCUGCCUUCUUGCUGCACAUUAAAGAUUGCAUUGUCAGAACUGUCCACAGCACACAUUCUGUGUUAAUAAAUGAGACAGUCUGCCAUGCUUUGGGCCAAGUAUGUUUUCUGCUGAUGCAAAAAUGAGUCUGCAUGUGACCGGACAUAACAGUAAUCUGCCACACAGUUAAAAAAAUGUGGGAUUUUGUCAGAUAUUUUGUGGAAGCUGAAACGUGAUUCACAUUCACUGCACCAGGCAUAGUGGUAAAAAGAUACUUUAAAAUAUUUGAGCUUAAAUGUGUGUAGCAGCCAUGGGCCCUUAAGACUGGAUUAUGUUAAACACCCCGUCCUCACUGCUAUUCCUUAUGAAAAAGAAUAUGCCUCUAUUAAUUUAUUUUUUUUUCAAGUGCUUUUGUUCUUGUGAAAAAAAGUGAAAAUUGUUUUAAAUACAAAAAUUUUUCUCCAAUGUAGCAAUUACCUAACAUGAAAAGUUCAGUUAACCUGCUUGUUGUAUAACAGUAUAACUUGUAUGGGGUGUAUUAAAGUUUAUUGUCCCUGAACUUAGUGACAAUAAAGUAGACCACUUUUAAGUAUUUAAUUUUUCCUCAUAAUAUAGUCUCCUAUCCAGGAAAAAAAAUGAAGGCCUUGGUGUGCCUUGCUUGGUUUCUGGUUAUGUUUUUUAAUGGAAAAAGAGAAGGAUACAAAAAUGACAGAUAUGGAAUCUUAGAAGUUACUUCCUGUGGUGCCUGAUAAAUGAAGCAGAUAGUGGAACAUUUCCUGUGGUUGUAGAAAUAAGAUGCCGUUUCAAGUUGGAUAUCUAAGUGAUGUUAAUAAAUGUGAUCUUCACAAAUUAACUUCACUUUCCCAUUUCCCUUACUAGCUUUUGCAUUCGAUGAGCACUUCUGCUACCCUAUAGACAACCAAAAGCAGGGAGAAUGGAACCAAGAGGAGGUAGAUGAGGAAAAGAAAUGUGGAAAUUUUAAGCAGGAACAAGAAGGGGAAUGGUAGAGAGCAUCAAGAGAAGAACAAGUAGGGGAAAGACGAUUUGGAGGAGAAAUACAGUAUCAAUAUUGGAAGGAGAAGAAAACAGGAAAAAGGAAGUGAGAAUAAUAGUGUCUAUCCUUACAGACUCUAAUGAUGUGGUGAGUUGGUUGAUGUUUUGUGGAUUGGUUGGUUGGGGGGUUUUGAGUAAUGCUAAAUAAACUAUUUACUUAAAAUAUUAACAGUAGGAUAUAUUCUGCUUUUACAUGUGACAAUGUAAGUUUGGUUUGAAGGUUAAGAAGUAUAUAUGUUUUUUGCCUUACUGCAAGACACAGUAAGUGAAGUCCAUUUCAUUAAGAAAUUAUGCAGAAAUGCUGUUUUGAAAACUAGAGGCUCAUGUAAUUAACCCUUUCAGUGGAAAAGGGAGGGAGUCUCUUUGUAUAUGGCUGCUUGGUUGGAAGUGAUUACAACCCUCUAGAGAGUUGUGGGGACAAACAUGUAUUGUGCAGCAUUCGUGGCUGUCAGAUACCGAUUUUUUUAUGUUGAUGUUUUAAUCCUCAGUAGAUUCUUAAACCAUAGCAGUGCUCAAACUAUAAUCAUUCACCUAAGCAGUAUUUAUUGCCUUGACACCUCUUUCAAGAGUGGUAUUUGGGUAGGCUGAUUCCCUGUACCUGCUGCUUAGUGAGAAGUAGUGAGUUUUUAUGCAGGAAUUUUGUGAUGGCAGUUGUCUGUCACUUCUCCCAUAGCUUAUAGAAUCAUAGACUCAUAGAAUAUGCUGAGUUAGAAGUGACCCAUCAGGAUCACUGAGUUGAACUCCUGGCCCUGCACAGGACACACCAAGAAUCCCACCAUGUACCUGACAGUGUUGUCCAAAAGUUGUUUGAGCUCUGUCAGGGUUGGCACUGUGACUAUUCCCUGGGGAGCAUGUUCCAGUGCCCAACCACCCUCUGGGUGAAGAACCUCUUUCUAAAAUCUAACCUAGCUCUCCCCUGACACAGUUUCAUUUCUCGAGGCCUGUCACUGGUCACCAGAGACAAGCAGUCAAUACCUCUGCCCCUCUGCUUCUCCUCAUGAGGGUGUUGAAGACUGCAGUGAGGUCUCCCCUCAGUCUCCUCCAGGCUGAACAAACCAACUGACCUCAGCCUCUCCUCAUAGGGCCUCCCCUCCAAAACACUUAGCAGGUUUCUGUGUCCCUCCAUACACAUGAUAGGGACUGUCUCUUCUUGCUGUACUGCACACAUAAAAUUUAAGUCUAGAAAUGGAUGAAGGGUGUGGACUGCAUCAAGUUCUCCACGUAUUGCAGAUAAUGAAAUUAUUUCAGGUUAAAUGAUCCUUUAGCCAAAAGAAAAGGGGGAAGAGAAUUUUGGAUUCAUCAUGAUUUUAGGGUGUUAACACAAGAACAUAAAGAGUGACAUGCUGGUGAAAUUUCAUGGUCUUGGACUGCCAAAAUGUCUAGUUUUCAGAGUCUACUAUUGAAGGAGAUAAAACAAGUUACUCUGCUCCUGUGUUGUCAGAGCUUGGAAUAAGGCUGUCAAAGUCACUGCUCCAUGGCACUUAAUUUCAGGUUUGGUUUCUGAUAAUUGGAAUAGAAAUUUCUGUAGUUCUGUAUGUGCUGUAUAUAUGGAAGAGGGGAAAGAGAAUUGGCAGAAUAUACGUGAUGCCUUUAAGUGGCUCGGAAGGUGUAUUUAUGAGGCAGGAGAUUCAGUGGUUUGUCCCAUAUUUAAGUUGCAUGGUUUUUCUCAGCCACCUACACUGACGUGGCUGAGCCAUAAAUUAAGUUUACUUUGCACUGUUACAUAUUUGUGUAUUACAGUGGUUGUCAACUCAUCAUCCAAAAAAGAAGUUAUGUUCAAGAGGAAGUUACAGUGCUAGCACUUGUAGAUGGAACAUGUUGUAUGGCUGAUCUCCCCUUUCAACUCUGCGUAAGAAGUGACUCCUAUUACAGAUACCUGAGUCAGAGAAGCUUUUUAUGGGAGUUUCUGAGAAUUCUUUUCUGGUCUCCAGAGUUUUUAAGUUUCUGACAUGCAAGAUGGUAUGGCUGAAAGGAGGCUGCUGUCUGUGUGGAUGAUCUAUGUUCCAUUUAAACUAAAUCCCCCAUACUGAAUUAUUUGACAGCUUUUCUGUGGCUAGUUUGAAGAAUGUCUAUUUUUCAGCUUCUGUAUUAGAAACAAUAAGACACUAUAAUUCAAUUCAAAUGCUGGGUUUCAAGCUGAUAUUCUGAAUAAAAUUUCUGUAUGCAGUCAGA